UCAUGCCUGGCAAUCACCCCCGUCUCGAGAGGUCAACGCUGACUUUCAACAUCCUCUGCCUCGUUUUGGCCAUCCUCGACUGGCCUGUAAACAUCCUCAACUUCAUCAUCCCGCUCCUCGAUGACGUAUACUAUUUCGACCCAGGCUACAAUUACCGCUACAGCGGCAGCGAUGGGAGCAAGGAUCUUGCCGUCUCGGUUCUGGGCUUGAUCUUUGUCAUCGUCGCCAUCUCACAGGCAGCCUUUCAAUUCUGCCCUGUUGUCAUCCACAGCAUGGACCUAGACCGCAAGAUCAGACCCCGGCUUCGUCUUCGGUGGCUUCUGGCUUACGCAAUCAUCGAAACCGUCUACCUGAUUCUUACCGCGGCCUUCGGAUUCAGUUACGCUGGCACGCGCUACACGUUUGAGCGUGGAGAUCACUACAAUGUUGGAGACACAGUGCCAUUCAUCCCGCUCUCAGUCAGCGUCUUCCUCCAGAUUUGCUCAGUGACCGUCAUCAUUCUGUUUUACCGGCACGAAAAGAGGCGUCAGGCACGAGCAGGCGCGAACACCGUGGAGAUGGAGGCGACUGCCACCAGCUACUCGCUCGACCAACACAGCAAACCGUAUGCUCAGGUUUAGACAGUGCCCCAUCCGCAUAAUUUUGGCACGGUUGAAAUGAGAACUUAGUCACGUGUGUUGCUU